GAUUUACCGUCGUCGCGAAAUCCUCGCACACAGGCUCUCGCAAAGGAGGUUUAUUGUUUCGCUUCAUCUCCGGCUGAAAAUUGUCCCAGGUCCCUCGUUUCCCGAGUACAAACAACUCAACGGAAAAAAAAAUGGCAGGAGGAAAAGCAGGAAAGGACAGUGGGAAGGCCAAGGCAAAAGCAGUGUCUCGCUCACAGAGGGCAGGACUACAGUUCCCGGUGGGCCGUAUCCACAGACACUUGAAGACUCGCACUACGAGCCACGGGCGUGUGGGGGCCACUGCGGCGGUGUACAGCGCUGCCAUCCUCGAGUACCUGACUGCUGAGGUGUUGGAGUUGGCGGGGAACGCGUCUAAAGAUCUGAAGGUGAAGCGCAUCACUCCGCGUCACUUGCAGUUGGCCAUCCGUGGGGACGAAGAGUUGGACUCGCUCAUCAAGGCCACCAUCGCCGGUGGAGGUGUGAUCCCCCAUAUCCACAAGUCCCUCAUUGGCAAGAAGGGCCAGCAGAAGACCGCAUAGAGAUGGAAGGGGAGUGUCCUGGAGCCUGCAGUGGCUCUACUUGCAAAAGGAGAGGACUGGGCCACUCCAUGAGUUCCAGUUCUUUUCUCUUUUUUUUUCCCUUUUUUUUUUUUUUUUUGUUUUUUUUAUUUUUAAUUGUAGUUUGAAGAUAUAAGCAAUUGAUUGUUAGAUUAUAAGUUGUAAUAUUUCAAAAAAAGAAAAAAAAUGCCAAAAAAGAAACAUUUGUAUGUUGAUUUAGAUUUGUUUUCUCCUUCAUCGAGGGUUGGGGGAUGGGUUGUAUCUUGUCAUAUUGUGGAAAAAAAUUGUUGGAUUGGCUCGAGCUUCAAAAGUGUUUUAUACUGGAAAAAUUUGAAUUGUUAAACCGUGUUUUUCAAAAUGGUGUUUGUGGGUUUUUUUUUUCUCCGUAGUCCAUACUGCAGUUCCACGCAUGUUUGUAAUUAUGUGAAUUUGCCUGUGCAAAACUUCAUCAUAACAGCAGUUCUCAAAUGACCAAGGUUCUGUGACCCAACCUGGACCAGUUGUGUACCCGAAUGGUCACAUUUCUGAGUAUCUGAGCCUUUCAGCUGGCAAAUGGGAACUGCCAUCCACUCCAAUUACUGAAGACAAACUCGUCUAAUUGAAUUCAUCAACGGUACAUGUCUAAGUGCAUGUCAUCGGAAAUGAAAUAGUUUCAUCUUCAGUUUCAAGAGGGAUAUGGUGGUGCUGUUGUCCUGUCAGGAGGUCUUGCUACAUGGGCUUCACACAGUUUCACUAGACAAAUGGACGAUUCAUUUAACCAGUGUGGUUAUUUUACUGGGAAGAUGGACUUCAUUUGUUAUCUGCUGCAGAGGGACUCAACCCUGCUUUGUAAACCGAUGGCUCAAAAAGAUGCGUUUGCUGACAGGUUAUGGUAACAAUGGACUGCAGCCCCCUCCCCUUCCUACCAUUUCCCAUUUUUUGCUGCCAUGUGAUCCUCACUUGUGCAUUCAGCAAAGAAUUUAGUGUGUCUAAUGAGGUCCAUAUUUGUAAAUGACUAUUGGAUUGCAGCCUGUAUUUAAAUUGACUUAAAAUGUGUCAUGUCUUUUGGCACUUCGACAAAUUAGAAUUAUUUUAAUUUACCAAUCCCUCUCCAAGUAUAAGUAUUAAUACCUGACAUUCAGUAGGCAGUUUUAACUGAGUGUCCCCAUUUAGUUAUUGACCUGGGUAUGUUAAAUCAGAAAUAAUUGCAGGCCAGUAUUGUCCCCAUAAAAACAUGAUACAUGCACUUUGUUUUCUCUGUCAGCAGAGGGGGCUAUUACACCAGUAUCUAAAUAGACCACAAUGUGACCCUUGCACAGCAGCAUAUGUGCUUAACAUAGGGCAGUGCUUCCCAACCCUGUUCCUGGAGGUCCGCUGUGCUGUAAGAGUUUGUUUUAACACCAACAAAGCUCACCUUCCAACAGCUAGAGAUCUCCUUGAGCGGCUAACUAUCAGGUGUGCCACAUUUGGAUUGAAAUGAAAACCUGCUGGAUGGCAGAUCCCCAGGAACAGGGCUGGGAAGUGCUGAUGCAGGAUAUCUGAUAUCUGCCCGUUCUCGCCUGAGCAGUUAAUACUGAAGUUAAUUACUUCCCCCGCCGCCAGACUUGAGGACGAUCUGUGACGUGUUCAUAUCGAGGCUGUGUCCCAGGAAAACAAACAAUUAAGGACGGGUGAAUUUCUUACUUGAUGGCCUGUCCGUUCUUUUUGAAUGUCAGUUAUUUUAUGUUAGUAAAUACUGGACAACUAUUUUAAACUUGAAUGACAUUGAUCACAACAAGCUGAUCAGAGUGUUCAGGGUACAAUCAAUCUUCCUGAAUGUGAUUUUUAUUACUUGCAUAACAGGAAAACAUACAAAUGUCCUAUAGGACAAUGUGAUAAAGCUGGUAAGUCAAAGUGAAAUGUGUGUAUGGAUUCUAUUCUAGGUCUGAUUCAGAACAAUAAAGGAAAAGGGAAAAA